CAAAACCUUUUCCUGAGCCAAGGAAAAGAGGAUGCUAUAGCUACUGUAACAGUGUGAACAAAUGUGUUGAUUGAAUUACGUUUAUAAGCUGUAAUCAUCUUUAAGGUACUACUAUAAAACUGUUUUUGAGAUGUGGACUAAACUCUCGAUUUCCUCAAAGAUUAACCGGAUCCGCGAUCCAGAGAGCGAUAAUUCUGUAGAGGACACUCAUGUAGCUCGUGUCAUGAGGAAAUACUACCUUGAAAAGACAGGAAAUUUACCGGAAUGGCUUCGUCCGCCUGGAUGGCAACCUCCAAGCGGAGCCAAUACACCGAUGGUACAAGCUGUAAGUAAAGACACAGAAGGACCUAGCCCUUCUUCUUUACGAACUUCUUAUUCUCCAGCACCGGUUUCUCGAGUAUCAUCCUCACCUUCUGUCCCCUCACCUUCCGGAAAUGUACGAAAGCCUCCUAUGCAACACUCGCAUAGCACCUUUGAUGAUCUCUUUGAGGGAGUUGGAAGUUCGAAAAGAUCUCAAACUGGUACAAGCUCAGUUCCAUCUAACGCUGCUGGUGGCCUGUUGCGAUCCAAGCUUGAAUCAAGGAAAAAGAUUUAAGAGAACUCAGAAAAGAACGUCAUUUUAUCUAUCUUACUCUGCAAAUACUGCUACGGACGUGAGUUUAGGGUAACAAAGCUUGUGCUUUUUUUCAGAUAUUAUUUUUCCUUGCUUAUAGUUCGACAUGAUUUUGAUAAAUGCUUUUCUUACUUUGUAUUUCGAAGACCCAUUUUUCUGGCUAACAAGACCCUUUAUGUACUAACUUUUAUGACGAUAUGAUUCGAGAAAGAUUCGACGUUUUUCUUUUUUUUUUUUUUUAAUACUUCAUUUUGUGUUACCAGACACCUGUUGUGUCUCUUUAUGUUCAUUAAUGACCUUUUCAUUUUUUUGUUCAUAUUAUUAAUGAUUACUUAUAGACAUUAACAGAAAAAU